ACUGCUAAUGCAGAGAGGAAAAGGGAGGGGAGAAGAAGCGCUACAGCCCCAGCAGCCUUUUGAAACACAAAUACAGCAGCGCACAUUUCACACAUUUCCCCCGCUCGAACCCGGAGCCCGAGCGCUGGAGAUCGCCCGCAGUCGCGUCCUAACCGGCUCGGUGCUUCAGGUGCGGCCCGGAGAGGCGGCGGGGCGGCAGGAUACAUCCUGAAGGGGAGAGAAGCGGCCUGUUUUGUUCCUGAUAUCCCGGAGCCGAGUCUCACGCUCUGUGUGUGUGUUACUGACUGACUGGCGGCCGGUGGGGUAGCUGGCUAACGCUAACGAUAGCUAAGUAACUAGCUGGGUUAGCUUAGCUAGCUUCUCGCCCAGUGUUUUCAUGGUUUGGAGUAGUUUCUGGUCGCUGGGUGCUUGUAUUUCACCGCUGACCUACCUAGUGAGUGAGCUACCGACUGGGCGAAGAAACGAGCGAGCGGAGGGACGGGAGCUGCUAACGGGAGAGAAAGUCGUAGGAAAAGCGGGCCUGUUUUGUUUUUGCAGAGCGGGGACGGCACCGCCAUGAAAAGCAGAGGGGGACAAUAACACAAACACAAAGCGCCACGACCUCUUUUUUUCGCCUGCUCUCUGCUUUCAGGACAAUUAACUAACAAGCUAGCUCGUCGUGGAGGAAGGAAAGAAGGUGCUGUGUGCUGUGGGGAGGAAAGCGGCGCAGCAGCACCACCACGACUACGACCGACGACGACGGUUAGCUGUGGAGCUCACGACGACAGCUCUGCUCUGACUAGCUGGCUCUAACUACUGCUGGAGAGAUUUGAAUUCAGGAGGAGCUCAGAGAGUUAGCUUGCUAGCUGUUCAUUCUGCCCACUGGAUGCCAGCUAAAGCUAGCUAGCCUGAAGCUAGCUAAGCUAACUAACAUUAGCGCUGCGACUCCUCGGAGAAGAGCGCCACCACUGACUACUGUUAUUGUUGUUGAAUUUGAAAUAGGAGGAGGAAAGAAAAAAAAGAGAGCGAGAGAAGCUGAUAUAGCCAGCUAACAUAAGCUAACUAGCUAGCUUUAGCUAUAUUCUCCCCCUCCCUCCUCCUUCUUAUUAUUCUUCUCCACCACCCCUUCUUUAAGUAGAAGAAAAAGAAGAAACGGGAUCAGGUCCCCUUGACACUAGAGACUUUUCAUCUUUCCUAUUUUUUCUCUUUUUUUAAGAGGGACGAUUCACGGAUUUACCGCGAGCUCAUGAUGAUUAUUCGGGCUUGUUUCCUGUCCCGGAUGAGAGAGAAGGCCGUUAAAAAUGGAGCGGUUGUUAUUGUGCUGCUGCUGAACGUGGAAAUGUGGAAAGACAUGUCCAGCGUUGGCGUGUGCUGCUGAUCAGCUGUGAGCGGAUAUUAAGGCUUGAACGGGUUAACGACGCGCACGGACGUGGAUUUGUAUGUGUAUGGACACACUCCGCGCCCGGAUUGCUGGAGACUGUGCGUGUGGGGAGCCUGCUUGCAUGGUUGGACGUGGACCCUUGAACGUUAGCCUUGGCUGAAGCGUUAGUUGGCUAACUAGCUAACCUAGCUGAUCUGACUAGGCAACACUGUCUUUGGAGAGAGAGCGUUAGCCGGCGGGACCUGCUGCGUGAUCCCCCCUCUUUCUUUUUCUUUCUCUCUCUGUCUCCCUGCUCUCUCUCGCUGCUUCUCUCCCCUCUCUCCCUGUCUUUCUCCCCCCAUCUUUCUCUCUGUUGUUUUUCUCCCCGUGCUGCCUCUGUCGAGCCCUGAGACUUGCUGAGGAUGAACCCGGUGAAUGCGACCGCUCUCUACGUGUCCGCUUGCCGUUCGGUGCUGCAGUGCGAUCCCCGGGACCCCCAGGCUUUGGCCGAGCUCUAUAAGCUACUACCGUUCUUCAGGCAGUCUCUCGCCUGCCUAGUGUGCGGGAAUUUGCUCCAAGAUCCGAUUGCACCGACCAACUCAUCAUGCCAGCACUAUGUCUGCAAAGCGUGUAAAGGCAAAAAGAUGAUGAUGAAGCCGUCUUGCAGCUGGUGUAAGGACUAUGACCAGUUUGAGGAGAAUAAGCAGCUAUGCAUUUUAGUAGAUUGCUACAGGAAGCUCUGUGAGUACAUUGCAGAGUCUCCCCUUGCCUCACACAUUUCAAGUGCUGCUGGGGGAUCCCCAGACAUUUUGUCCCUGGUAAAUGAGGGCCUUUCUUUGGACAGUAGUAAGCAGGGGGAGGACUCUCUGUCACUGAACUUAACGCACCACUCACCUCCUCCCUCGACUUCAGAGACUUCUCCUGAGGAGGACCAGUCGCCCCAAUCGUCAGAGGUCAAGGAACAGCCCCUGAGUCCGUUAGGGGUGAAUGGCCUUCAGGACUGUAAUGGGUUAAGUAAUGUGGACGAGUUAACAUCCAGCUUGCCUUCGCCUCCUGCUAAUGUUCCUGUGACAGUAGAAGUGGAGGGUGAGGCAGUAAAACAAGAAAACUUUACUGAUGAAAUUCCUGUAUGUGAAGCUGUGGCAACAGCUGGGGAUGAGCUUUGUGCCAGCAGCAUGGACAUAUGCGGUUUCGGAGAGGACAUAAAGCACGAUGGGGGUACUCUUUUGUUGAGCGUGGAGGAAGUGCUCAGGACUCUGGAGCCAGACCACGUUCCUCAGGAUGAGUGCCCCGCUAUUCUACAGUCAAGCCUGGAGGCUUCAGGGAACAUAAAUGGACCUUUUGGCUGUUCCACCAACUCUGCUGACUCUUCUCGGCAGAUUUCUUCCCUUCCCCUCGACUCUGCAGGGGUCUUAGCGCCCCAACAUCCAACCUCCCAGCAGAACCCUCUGCCCUCGUCUGGAAUAUCCUGUUCUGCUGUUACUCCCAGAGUGCCACGGUCUAGCCGUAAACGCUCCCGCUCUGAGAGCGACAGUGAAAAAAUUCAGCCUCUCCCCAUAUCCACCAUUAUCAGAGGGCCCACACUUGGUGCAUCUGUGCCUGUUCCUGUCAAGUGUGAACCUAAAGCUCCAGCACAGGCUGCACCCCACAUGGCGGCUGUCCCCAAUGGUGGGGGGUUGUCAAAAGUGGGAAAGGCCUUGUUGGUGCCCAAUAAAAGUGUCAAAAAGCCCCUUGACCAGCAUGGACCUAAAAAGGUGUACACAAAGGCAAAACAGAGUGCUCCCAAAUCGAAAGAUAAGACAAAAGAACGGAUUUCGACCAAUCCCCUUGUGCCAGGGAGCCCAACAAAAGUGGUGUACAAAAAGCCGCAGGAGAAAAAGGGCUGCAAGUGCGGCAGGGCCACCCAAAACCCAAGUGUUCUUACGUGCCGGGGCCAGCGAUGCCCAUGCUACUCCAACCGCAAAGCCUGUCUGGACUGCAUAUGCAGAGGCUGCCAGAACUCCUACAUGGCCAAUGGUGAGAAGAAACUGGAGGCGUUUGCUGUGCCAGAGAAAGCACUAGAGCAGACCAGGCUAACUCUGGGCAUCAAUGUCACCAGCAUAGCAGUGCGGAACGCAGGCGGUAGUGGGGCUGGAGGGGUACUGAAUGUCACCUCUACGUCCGGCCCACCUGUAACCUCGUUUUUAGCAACCGGACCUCACGAGGACAAGGGGUUUGAUGAGACUUUGGACAUGAGGUUUGACUGUUGAGCCCCGCACAAUGCUCUUACCAUCGCACCCCCUUAUUCCACCCUGGCUUGCUCUCGGCAAGGUGCCGCUGAGACCUGAGGGGAGCCAGUGGAGUCAACAAAAUAAGGCAGCUACUGUGAUUCUGUUCCAGUUCAUGUUAUCAAUUGAAUUAGUCGUUGCUGAAGCUUGUGCCUAUAAAUCACUUGUAACAUUCUUUUUUUCGUUGUCUUAUUCACUAAUGUGAAUUAGAAAAGAGUCUUGUUACUGUAAUUUGAGAGAAUUCCAUUGGCAGAUUUUUUUUGUUUGUUUCUCUACAAGUGAUCUAUAUGGCAUGACCUUUGGCAAGAAAUGCUUGACCUCGUUGUUGUGGGUCAUGUUAUGUGCAUACGUGGAUGACUUUAAGUUAGUAGGCUAGAUGAUGAGACCUGUUCAAUGAAAUGGUACCUGCUAUGUCAGUAGAGACUGGUUGUAUUUAUAAACAUUUUUUGUACACAGACUUAUGGAAUUCAAUUUCAAAGUACAUUUUAUGAUAUAUUUUUUAAGUUACAUUAACAACAUUUGCAGUAUUUAUUGGGCAUCACUUAACAUAGAUUGCGGUCCAUCUAUGGCUUCAUCAGGAUACCAUUUCUUCAGAUGCAAGUCACUGAGAUGCAGUAUGUUCAGUUUCUGUCUAAAUUAUGUUGCAGUCCUGUUUGUGCUAGUUUAUGCUCUCAAUCUUUUUUUUUUUCCUUUGGGGCAUUUAAAUACCUGUAAUAUAAAUGUAACAUAUUUCCACAUAAAAAGAAAAAAACAAAACUGACUUCUG